ACACAAUCCAUCCCAAACACUUCAUUCAUGGCUAUAGAUCUAAACUUGCUUCCGGAGGGAGAUAGAGAGGCAAUACCUGACCUGAAUGAAGUUGUAGGCGGAGAAGAAUCUGCAGCAAGUGGGGAACAAGACGCCAUCAACCAUGGAGGCAACAACGAAAUUGUAGGCGAGGAAGAAGAUCCAUCCAUUGUUGUCCAAGAAGCUGAUGCCCAUGGCAGUGGUGGCCAAUGUCUUCAACAUUUUGAUCUCAAUGUUGAACCUGAUAUGUUUGAGGAAUUUAAUCAAGAAGAAGAUCAGGGGAUAAACACCUUCACUGCUCAUCCUAUGGAUAUGAGUGAUGCACCUGUAGAUUUCGAGGAGUUCGAUGAAGAUGAACUCCAAGGCAUUGAGAGUGUCAUGGCGGACUAUGGUGUCUAUGCCGAUGAGGUGGACAUUGUAUUUGAUCAACAAGCACAUAGAUCAAAGAAUCUGAAUGAGAUGCAAAGACAGGCCAUAUAUGCAGCUUUGCUUGAGAGAAGUAGCAAUGGGGAAAAAAAAAGAUACUAUCAAAAUUGUUGCUGAAAUGUUCCAUGUCAGUAGGUGGGCUGUGCAACGUAUUUGGAGAAGAGUGAAGGAGUGUCGUGCCAAUGGAGUGACAGUGGAUGUAAGGUCUAGGAAGCCCAAGAAUAGUGGUCGCAAAAAAGUUCAAAUAGACCUAUCAGAAGUUGCUCAGAUUCCCUUGCACAGGAGGGGCACCAUCCGUCACCUAGCAAAAGUGACAGGUUACGCUAGAAGCACCCUUCACAGGUGGUUCAAAGAAGGGAUGCUACGGCGCCAUUCCAACUCUUUAAAGCCAUUAUUGAAAGAAAAAAAAUAAAAAGGAUAGGCUGAGGUGGUGCAUUUCCAUGAUAGAUCCAAGCUCUCUGCCAAAUGAUCCCAAGUUCAUUUUAAUGGACAAUAUUAUCCAUGUUGAUGA